AUGGCAUCGUCAUCACCAUUUCUCAUCACCGAGCAUGUGAUUGACUCGCAGCAUGUCCGAGAAUAUCCCCGGGCAACGAGAACGGGCGACGAUGCUCUGAAGCUAGUUGUCAAGCAAUACACCCCAAAAUCGAAUCCUGAUCCCCAGCCAGGUGACCUGACCAUCAUCGGAGCCCAUGGAAGUGGAUUUCCCAAGGAACUCUACGAACCGAUCUGGGAAGGGGUCUUGUCGCAACUAAAUGACAAGGGAAUACGCGUCCGGUCAAUUUGGAUAGCAGAUAUUGCAAACCAAGCAGCAAGCGGGGUCUUGAACGGGGAUUUCCUGGGAAACGACCCAUCGUGGUUUGAUCAUGCCCGCGACCUCCUUUACAUGAUCAACCAUUUCAAGAGGGACAUGCCGCGCCCGAUUGUUGGGGUUGGACAUAGUCUUGGGGCAGGCCAACUGGUACUUCUUUCAAUGCUGCACCCACGCUUGCUAACCUCUCUGGUGCUCAUUGAACCGGUCAUCGAGAAGGACAUGUAUACCGGAAAGGGCCCAAUCUUCGUCAAACUCUCUCUAGACAAGAAAGAUACAUGGGAAUCCCGUGAAAAGGCGGCCUCUAAUUUCAAGAAGCAGUUCAAAACCUGGGAUCCCAGGGUACUCGAGCGCUGGCUGCAAUACGGUCUGCGCAGCCUUCCCGACUCGGAUGCCGUCACUCUCACAACCUCCCGCGAUCAAGAGGUGAUGUACUACCUGCGUCCUAACUUUGACAAUCGGAAACGAUUGGGCUCGAAAAAUGAUCCUGCUACCCUGAGCGAACACGAUCCUUGCUUUCACGCCGACAUUAUAGGUCCCGCCCACGCCACAUAUCCCUUCUAUCGCUACGAGCCGAUUUUGAUGUGGAACUUGUUACGACACGUCCGCCCGUCCGUGCUUUAUCUCUUUGGCGAUCGCAGCCCUGUCUCAACACCGGAUCUUCGCGAAGAAAAGUUGACACGGACAGGGACGGGCAUUGGGGGCAGUGGUGGCUGGAAGAAUAAUCGGGUGAAGGAGAUUACAAUCCCCAAGACGGGGCAUCAACUGCCCUUUGAGAACGUGUCUCGUGUUUGCGAGGAGACUGCGGGCUGGCUCAAGCAAGAGGUCAGUCGGUGGUCUGAGGAUGAAGCGCGCAUUCUUGAAGGCUGUUUGGACGACACGCCGGAAGCACGAGCUUCGGUCCCUAAGGGCUGGCAGGAGCACCUUAAUGCCUGUCUGUCCAAACCGACCGCGAAGCCUAAGUCGCAGUCAAAAUUAUAA